UGGCAACUCAACGCUUUCGUGUUGACGAAAGUAUGUGGCGAUGGCCAUAGUAGAGUUGUCAGUGGUUAGAAUUUAUUUGUGUCCGUCCCUCGGAGCCUGCAACUUUGAACUCAAACUUUUAUGAGUUCUCCACUGUCCUAGUCAACUGUCAUGCUACGUCUUCCAAGGGCGACUGUUAGUUCGUUGAUAGCCAUGGAAGCAGUCCAUACCCCUCUAGGGGCUCAAGAUGCAGGAACUCAAAGAGAUAGAGCUCAAGUCUCAAAUGAUAAUGCACUUGAAGAAGAACGAGUGAAGGAGAUGGUGAGAGCUUGCUACGAAGAUGGGAUUCUUCCCGCGAACAUUGAUGGAGGCAUCAUGGAAGUAAAUGGCAGGGAAGUAACCUUUGUGCUUAACAACACAAUCGAUGAACUGAAGGUGAGGUGGCUGAAGGCCAGGACGAUGAUAAUGUUUUUUCGCAACGGGGCAAGAUUUCUUCCAAGGAGAGUCAAGGAGGAUGUUAUUCGCGCGUACGAGGAUGGCUGGAUAAGGGAUGACACCUUUGGAGAGAACUUCAAACGAGGCCGAAUCAAAGUGGAGUCUCCAAACGUGGCUUCUUAUAUACCAAGGGCACAUGAUAUCACCGAUUGGAUAUUAAACAAGAAGGCCGACUUCAUCCAUUUGGGAGGAAUCACCUAUCGUACGAAAUUCAAACCCUUGAUGACCAGGGCGGAGCUUCGAGAUUGGAGAAUGACAACCGACGACAAGAUCUUCCGGGUUGUUGCAGUUGGAGUACCAUUAGAUGAGAUGGUUUUCCUACGAGACCACGUGGAAAGAGCAAUUGGGAGGAUUGUGAAGGCCCACCUCCCAGAGGCUGACGAGACCGAUCCAAAAUUGGUCAACCUGUGGCUCGACAUCGACUCAAGCAGGAAGGAGUUUAUGAAGGACAAGGUUGGGAUCGAAACCUGCCAGGGAGACUUAAUGGAAGUGAAGUUGGCAUGUGCAGGCAGCGAAUGGUGCACAAGAUGCCGCACCUUCUUCCAUACGGAAGAUACCUGUAGGAGACCUGCAAGGAGAAAUCAAGGGGAGCGGGCUCCCAACAACCCACAGGCGUCUACAACUUCUGGAGGAGGAGCACCUCGACCAUCGUAUCAAGGUCCGCUUCGAGCACCAGGAGUGGCCACUCAACAGGCUUCCAGAGCGGGACCCAGUAGUACGGCGCCACCUGGAGUUCCAGCGGAAACCGUACUUCGGGUCAACCCUACUUUUUCCCCCUUCCCUCGACAGUCGAGUGGAGGUGGAGGAAUUUUGCAACCGACUCCGAUGAAUUCGACUACAAAUCUUGCAUGGGCAUCGCACCUGCAAGGAAUCCCACCCCAUCCGUAUCUUCAUCAACAACAAGGCUUCUCUUUUGCAGACCCACUUCUGAAUGCAAGUCCAUCUGUCGUCAACCUCCAUGCCUUUGCCUCUUGGCCCUAUGGGCAUGGGGGAGCGCUUCACUGCAUGAACCAAGCACGUGAAGGGCGGGCAGCCGCAGCGGAACAGCAGCGACCCCUGCCCCACCCCUCUGCAAUGGACGCCCAGGGCAACCGAACGGUGGAAAAUGCUGCAUCCGGCAGUCCGAGCGAGGUGUGCAGCUCGAACCCCCUGGUCCCACAGGUCCAGCAGGUGGGUUCCACUGCGACACCUGCGGGAGCCCUCGACGCUGCGGCAGUCUGGCAGCAAGGAGAGACUAUGAUGGCCUUCCUGGGCCGCCUGGGCACCUACAUGCAAUGCGAGGCGGCAACCGAAAUGUCACGCCUCAACGCCAUUGCACGAGAUGCGGAGCAACGGGGCCGGCAGGACGCUGAAGCAGCUGCCAACCAUAAUAAAGCUCGGAAAGAUGCCGUAUCUGUCCUCAUGCAGCAGGAAGCCGCUCAUACCGCCGCAGUUCAAGCAUGGAAUGUUGAUCCGGCAGAGACGAUGGAACCAACUGCGGAGGAGCAGACCAAGCAAAGAAGAUGUUCGUCCACGACAAAGCUCGGGAAACUAAGCUCCGCGGGAAGUGAGGCGACUCCACUUCCUACUCUGCCAGACACGGUUGCCUUGCUAACAACCUCCUCCACGUCCGGGGAACAUGCGUAUGUCGCCAGUCUUCACGAAGGUUAUGAAGACUAUGCUGUCCAGCUGGUCCCGCCGUUGGACCAACCUCUCCACAUGCAAGAGUCAUAUGCGUGCGCGACUUCAGCACCAUCGCCAAGUGAACCAGAAUCCUCGCCGACAUUACUCGGGGACUCGUCGGUGUGGUCUGGACUUGAGGACCUCGACCCAUUGACACCGCAGGACUUCCAAUGGUUGCCUCUUCCCCCAUCUGGUUCCUUGCCGAAGCCGCAUUGCAACGCCCCAAUGGCGGAACUACGCAACUACUUGCACGCUGCAGUACCAGCUCCAUUGAUGGAAGACGGAGUCGCGAUUGUUGACCUUCGCGAGUACAUUGCGAAGAUUGACAGCGAGUACGCCACGCAACGAAUGUCGGCCCGCUCCCACACAUCGACGAUUCUCGAACGCUUGGGCGGUGCCAAGUAUUUCUCCAAGUUGAACCUCAAGGUCGGUUACCACCAGCUCGAGAUCCAUCCAAGAGAUCGACACAAAACCGCGUUCAAGACAUGGUACGGGCACUUCGAGUGGGUCGUAAUGCCAUUCGGCCUCACGAAUGCCCCAGCCACCUUCCAAGCGGCAAUGACAACAGAGUUUCGCGACAUGUUGGACCGGUUCGUGCUCAUCUACCUCGAUGACAUCUUGGUAUAUAGCUGGAAUUUGGACGAGCACACCGUGCAUCUACGCGCUGUUUUGGAUAGGCUACGUACAACCAAGUACAAGGCCAACCGAGCCAAGUGCGAAUUCGCGCAGCAAGAGCUCGAGUACUUGGGCCACUUUGUGACGCCGCAAGGCAUCCGUCCGCUCGUGGACAAGAUCAAGGCCAUUCAAGAUUGGCCGGAACCAACCAACACCACGGAAGACCGAUCUUUUAUGGGAUUGGUCGGGUACUACCAACGCUUCAUCGGAGGAUACGCACGGAUCACCGCGCCCUUGUCAAGAUUGCAGUCUCCAAAGGUGCCCUUCCAGUUCACCGACGAAGUCCGCAGUUCGUUCCACAAAUUGAAGACGGCGUUGCUCCUCGCUCCCGUAUUGAGUAUCUACGAUCCCACCUUGCCUACGAGAGUGACUACGGAUGCUUCCGGCUACGACAUGGCUGCAGUUUUGGAACAACACGACGGAGUAGACUGGCAUCCAGUUGAGUACUUCAGCCAAAAGGUGCCUCCCAUCAACUCGGUUGAUGAUGCGCGGAAGAAGGAGUUGCUUGCGUUCGUCACGGUACUCAAGCGUUGGCGACACUUCCUCCUCGGGCGUCGUAGGUUCACUUGGGCGACGGAUAAUAACCCAUUGACCUACUACAAGACGCAAGACACGGUGAGCAGCACGAUUGCUCGAUGGAUGUAUUGCAUCGAUCAAUUCGACUUCAUACCGAAACACAUUUCGGGCCUCUCCAACCGAGUCGCGGGUGCUCUCUCGCGAAGAUCAGAUCUUUGUGCAUUGACUCACCAUGCGUUCAGUUUCAACGACACCCUUCAUCAGCAUUUUGUGAGAGCAUACAAGUCCAAUCCAGAAUAUGUCACGCUCUACGAGCAACUAUCCUCGGAUCACCCGCCGACCAGCCACUAUCGCAUCGUCGAUGGCUACUUGCUUCUUCACUCACGAGGCAAGGACUUACUAUGCGUCCCACAUGACCGUCACUUACGGCCUCGCCUCCUCGGCGAGUACCACGACUCGAGACUCGCCGGCCACUUCGGAGUCAACCGUACGAUCGCAAGAGUUCGACAACGAUUCCGGUGGCCCGACCUCAUUACCGACUUCACUCGGUAUUGCGACUCUUGCGAAGUUUGCCGACGAAGCAAACCCCGCAAUCGCAACCCCUCCGGCGAGUUACGCCCAUUGCCUAUUCCGCGGGAACCCGGCCUCUCCAUUGCUAUGGACGUCACCGGCCCGUUCCCCCAUGACCGCUUCGGGCACGACGACAUUCUCACGGUCGUUGGCCGAUUGAGCAAGUACCCACAAUUUCUUCCUUGCAAGUACUACGCCACGACUCCUGAACUUGCGCGCCUCUUACACACCGGCUGGAUUUGUGGUCACGGCGUUCCGGAAGACAUCGUCAGCGACCGCGACACUCGUUUUAUGUCGGCAUUUUGGACCUCCCUCAUGAAAGAGUCCGGCACCGAGAUGAAACCAAGUUCGGCUUGGCAUCCGCAAACAGACGGGCAGACGGAGCGGGCACAUCAAACCGCUCAAGUAAUGCUUCGCACACUCAUCCGUACGGAUCAGAAGGAUUUGGUGGACCGCCUCCCCGACAUCGAAUUCGCCUACAACACUUCGUUGCACUCGGCGAUCGGCGUGACUCCAUUCGAGUUGCACCACGGUGGCAGGAAAGGCCGUAUCUUCGCUGAUCUUCCAUUUCCAAGGACUGCCGACAUUGACACCGCUUGUUCUCCCGCCUCCGUUCGGAAGUAUAGGGACCUGCUGGCUAAAGCCAGCACCAACAUGCAAAAGGCUCCAGUCUGCAUGCAACAGCAAGCUAACAGGCGUCGCAUGCCAUGCCCUAUCCGUGCCGGCGACCUUGUUAGGGUCUCCAUGGAGCAGUUUGCGCUUGAACAAGAUUGUAUUCAUCAGAAACCAAAGACAACGUCCAGUCAUCAGUGUGGAAGCAGAGCUUGCGUCAAAAAGCUCUUCGAUAACAUUCCAAGUCAUGGAAUAAGGAAGGGAACAUGGGGCCCCGGGCCGGGACAUUGUGGAGGAUCAGUUUUGCAGCGGUCUGGAGGAUGCUCUGCAAACCUCAGUGGAUGGGGGUGGAUCUGUCGACUGAGCCCAAGGGAUGCAUCUUGUGAACGCCGGAGCUAUUCUGAUGCGCGGGGAGUAGGUUCUCUUUCCAGAUCCCAGGCACGUUGCUUUUGCGCCCACAAUGCUACCAGUAGUUGUUCAGUCUUUGGGAGGCACUCGAGUAAUCCAGCCCGCCCUGUGUGUAGAGGAAUGUUCAAUGGGCUGGCAUCAGCAAGGAACUCGGUGGGCAGGGAGCUCGCUGCCAAGGGUGUUGAUACGGUAGCAAGUACAAACUUCGGGAAAUUUUGUAGGUGGACGGACAAGGCAGAGGGCCCCAGCAUUCACGCUUGUGCUGCUGCAUCUUCGGCCGAUACAAAUGGCACUGCUGGUGGAUCUGGGGGUCCGGGGAUGGGUUUGAACUCAGACAUUGACUAUGAGUUUAACAUGGAUGAAUACAUGGUCACGCUUGACAGACCAACGGGAAUUCGGUUCGCUCAGAGAGGGGAUGGUGUCAUAUAUGUUCAUGCUCUUGCAAGGAAUGGGAAUGCAGAACGAAGCCGCAUGAUAAUGGUUGGCGAUGUGCUCAAGAAGGCUACGGCACUCUUCGGUGACCGAAUGGAUGACGUGGUUGAUUUUGACUGGACCAUGCAUGCAAUUGACGGUCCAGCAGGAUCUAUCAGCCUAGUGCUGGAAAGGGUUGCAGGGAAACAGGAAAAACUUUCAGCAGCAGCCCCAGCGACUGACAUGACGAUGCUGCCCAUAUUCAGUGGCGCCGAUGAUGGCCUUCAUGGAUCAUUAGAGGUUCAUGCACAGAUAACACGAUCCUCGUCCUCACCCUCAAGGAACGGUCCUUUCGGAGUGCCUGGAGGUGGCUUUUUUGAGAAGAAGCAAUCCCCUCUUAUACCAAUGCCAGGGCAAGUUAGGUACCCAGCCAGGUACAUCCCACAGCAGGAGGCUAGUGCAUCCUUAGCCAAGGAUGUGGGUGCUGGUGAUUUCGGUUUUUGUGACUUUGCAGUGCUUCCAUACGAUGACGGGUUUGUGCGGUAUUACGAAGAUGCUGAUGGUGAAGAUGUAGAAUGGACUGCCCGAUUCGAUUUUGUGGAAGAGUACAUUGAAGCGUUGAGGAGGUUCGGAUCCGACCUCCAAUACGUCCACUCCCAAGGGAUGACAUACACACAAAUUGCACCUGAGCUUGCAGUCGGAUCAUGCAUCCAAUCAGGUGAAGACCUGCGGUGCCUGAGAAGGGAGAUCGGUGUAACAGCAGUUUUGGACCUGCAGAUGGGAGUCGACCAUGUCAACUGGGGGGUCAGUUUUGAAGAAAUCGCUAAUGUGGCACGCGACGAGGGUGUGGUUAUGGUUCACCAUCCCAUCCGAGGAUUCGACGCGGAGGAUCUGCAGGCAAGACUGCCAAUCGGUGCAGCCAUCCUCUUUCGAUUGCUUCGACAAGGACACCGCGUGUAUGUCAUGUGCACAUCUGGGAUCAACCGAGCGCCAGCUGUGGUGAUUGGGUACUUCCACUGGAUUGUCGGAUUUCGGCUCGGCGAUGCAUAUGAUGCAGUCACAUCAAUGCACAGAAGCAUGCCAAGUCGCUCUGCCUUGGUGGGCGCAACCUGGAAUCUGCUCUUUGCUUACAUGGAGGACGGCAAGUACAUGGGACCGCCAACCCAUGAAGUGCAGAUCUUGUGGAACCAUGGCGGACGAGAGGUCUUGCUGGCCGGAGAGUUCGGGAAGGGAUGGGAUGCACCUCUACCUGCCACCCAUGGUGGGGGCUCCAAGUGGUAUCUUGACCUGCAGGUGCCGCAAGGGAAGUUCAGGUUCAAGUUCAUCGUUGAUGGCCAGUGGCGACAUGCAGUUGACUUGCCUACAGAGAAAGACCAGUGGGGAAACAUCAACAACGUCAUACAUGUCGGAACUUUCGGGAACAGCUUGCUGCAUGGAGCACUUCCUAAGGGUACAAGCAAGGAACGACUGAUUGAACGCCCACUGACCGCAGCGGAGCGUCGUUUACUCAGGCGGUUGGGCGGCGCCAAGUACUUUUCGAAGUUGGACCUCAAGUCGGGCUACCAUCAGAUUUCCAUCCGCCCGCAAGAUCGGUACAAAACCGCGUUUAAGACGCGAUAUGGGCAUUUUGAGUGGGUAGUUAUGCCUUUCGGCCUCACCAAUGCCCCGACCACCUUUCAGGCGGCCAUGACCACCGAGUUUUGCGCUACGUUGGACCGCUUCGUCUUGGUCUACUUAGACGACAUCCUCGUCUAUAGCCGAACUCUCGAGGAGCAUCUCGAGCACCUUCAUCGUGUUCUAGAGACUCUUCGGUCAGCCCGGUACAAAGCUAACCGCGACAAAUGUGAGUUUGUCCGGCAAAAGCUUGAAUACUUGGGCCAUUUUGUCUCUCCGGAAGGCAUUCGUCCGUUGGCAGACAAGAUUCAAGCCAUCCAGGAGUGGCCCAAGCCGAAGAAUGUGACGGACGUCCAAUUCUUCCUCGGCUUGGCCGGUUAUUAUCAGCGCUUCAUCAAGGGUUACUCGAAGAUCGCGGCCAACCUAAGCAAGUUACAAAGCGAGGAGCAGCCUUUUGACUUCGAUGACGACGCGCGCCAUUCUUUUGAGACACUCAAAGUGGCACUUUUGUCCGCCGAGGUGUUACAUAUUUACGACCCGCUUSUAGCUACGCGCGUCACUACCGAUGCAUCGGGCUAUGGCAUUGGGGCCGUCCUUGAGCAGCACGAUGGCACGGACUGGCACCCGGUCGAGUACUUCAGCAAGAAAGUACCUCCCGUGCAUUCGAUCGACGACGCACGGAAGAAGGAGCUUCUUGCCUUCGUCCACGCCCUCAAGCGUUGGCAACAUUUCCUCCUUGGUCGGAAAGCAUUCCGAUGGGUAACGGAUAACAAUCCGUUGGUAUUCUACAAGUCGCAAGACACGAUUAACAGUACCAUUGCCCGUUGGAUGGCUUUCAUCGACUAGUUUGACUUUUUCCCCGAUCACAUUCCCGGGAAGUCAAACCGUUUUGCGGACGACGUCUCACGGCGACCGGAUCUUUGCACCGCAGU